AUGGAUUCAGAACAGAGAAAAGAGCAUUCGACGGCUCCUGAGGUUGCGGUGCAGAGUGAUAGCGACCUGGCUGUUGUCGAAAGCCAGAGUCUAAGCAAAAAGAAUGCUGAUUUUCGCGCUGCAGAAUAUGCCCAUGUUCACGAUAUCCAGCAGGAUGGAGUGCGCCGCAUCGAAGCGUUCUCGCGUCUUUUCGGUCGUCGUCAUCCUGUUGCCAUUACUCUCUAUGCCUGUAUUCUGGCCAUUUCUAUUUCCUUUUGCCUGGACGAGUCGACCACUACAGCAUACGAUGUUUACGCCACGGGAGCCUUUAACCGCCAGUCGUACAUCGGGACGAUUGACAUUGCCCAGGCUAUCAUCAUCGCCGUUUCGAAGCCCUUCAUCGCGAAGAUCUGCGACGUAUUCUCCAGCCAGACUUCGUAUAUUAUGAUUUUGGUCUCGUAUGUGCUCGGAUACAUCGUUGUCGCGGCCGCACCGAAUGCAGUCGCCCUCUGCGUAGGGAGAGUCAUCUCCGCGACCGGGCAGGCAGGCUUUGAUCUUGUCACGGACAUCAUUGUCGGCGAUCUGAGUCCUCUCCAAUAG